AUUAUACAUACGAAGUCAAGUCACCUUGAAAAAACAAGGGGAAACGUGGUUUUGGAGUGAAAAACAGAGGAAAAUGGCAGAGGCACAGCAAAGCAGCAGCAGUCACAGAGGAAGGAGGUGGUCUCUGAAUGGAAUGACAGCUCUUGUCACAGGCGGCACCCGUGGGAUCGGGCACGCCAUAGUGAGUGACUUGGCCGCGUUUGGCGCUGCCGUGCACACUUGUUCCAGGACCCAAACAGAGCUCAAUAAGUGCAUACAAGAGUGGCAAACUCAGGGCUUUCAGGUAACUGGAUCCGUCUGUGACGUGUCCUCACCAACUCAGAGAGAGAACCUCAUUCAGGAAGUGGCAUCCACCUUCAAUGCCAAACUUAACAUCUAUAUAAACAACGUUGGAACAAACUUUAGAAAGUCAACCAUAGAGUACAAUGCUGCAGAGUAUUCAGAGUUGAUGACAGUUAAUUUAGACUCCUCAUUCCAUCUGUCCCAACUUGUGUAUCCUCUUCUGAAAGCAUCUGAAAAGGGAAGCAUUGUGUUCAUUUCAUCUGUUGCUGGUGUAGUGAGCUUGGGUACUGGAUCUGUCUAUGCAGCAAGUAAAGCUGCAAUUAAUCAGCUUACCAAAAAUCUGGCUUGUGAAUGGGCAAAAGACAACAUAAGGAGCAACUGCGUUGUACCAUGGGCAACCAGAACCCCGCUUGUACAACAUUUGCUCCAAAACCAAAAGUUCGUGGAUGAUGUUAUGUCUCGGACUCCAAUUCAGCGUAUAGCAGAACCCGAAGAAGUGUCAUCGUUGGUGACUUUCCUUUGUUUGCCUGCUGCGUCUUACAUCACUGGACAAGUUAUUUGUGUUGAUGGAGGAUUGACUGUCAAUGGAUUUCAACCCACCAUGAGAAUCACCUAACCUUUUAUUUCAUGGAACAAAUGAUUCUCAUUUGAUUUCAACAUGUGAGUGCGCAAUUUCGUUUUCUCUCCCUUCUAGUUGCAUAUGAGAAUGAACGGCCUUAUUCAACUCAUGAACAACUUAUGUGAAAUGAUGGUGUAUUCUAUUUAAUGGGUUUAAUGCU